GAACACCAUCUACGAAAUUCUGCUGUCUCUCCGAUUCAAUCUGUUCCUGUUUCUCGUUCCACUAAUACAGCCAUAUCAGGAUCUUCAAAAUUCACGUAUAGAUCUCCAUUAGCAGACAUCCUUCAACCACAGGAUAUGAAAGACCUAUGCUCACUUUUGGUUGUAUUUUCAUCAAAAGCUACUAUGACUCUCACAGACUUAUGUCUGGUAUUAUUUUCAGUGUUAUUAUUUUCUUCAGGGUCUACUUUUGGAUUCAAAAUGUUCAAUCUUUGCAUCUGCAAGGUCACCCCUAGCGAAAAAAUAGGCGAAAUGGAUACGAAAACACAGAGAAACAAUACUAAGACUGAUGUUGGUUCAUCCACUCAAGAGAUUGAAGAUUCUAAGCAAGGAAAUGCAUUUAAUAAUGGUGCCCCUAAUGAUCCUUCAAUUGGGAACAGCAUGGAUGUGGAAGAAAGAAGUGGUUCUGGAGCAUAUGGCUGUGAUAUGCAAAAUGAGAGGCCAUUGUCUCCUGGAACACGUGCAUUAAUGUGUGAUGAAGAAGAUACAAUGUUUAUGGCAGCUGGGUCACCAACUGGAUUGGCAGGCCGUUGUCCAAGCACAACUCAAAAAUAUAAUGGGCAUGAAUGCACAAGGAUUUAUGCAGAGCAAGAAAGGAUCAUCUUAACUGCUUUUCGGGAUAUUCUCAACGAUCUCAUGACUGUUGGAAGCAUAAAAGAAACAAUGUGCUCGCCAAAGAGGUUAGAACCCGUAGAAAAUGGCACCAUGAAAGCUGGAAUGGAGAUGAAGAAUCACAAGGAGCCUUGUGGCAAUAGCACUGGAAAACCUAUACUGCCAGCAGCCGUGGAAUUGUCUCAGACUCCCGCUACAAUAACUUCCACUUGUAAGAAUGAUCUGCUGAUGAAGGUUGGCUUGCCCAUUGAAAAUGAGAAAAUGGAUUCAUAG